AUGACGCAGUCACACAAUGAGUUUGAUGAUCAUUUUAUAACAACUAAUCAAGACUAUGGUUCCUUCUAUUGUGGUCGAUUACAAUACAGUCGAACAACUGCAGAUAAUAUUGCAUUGGAAUUAUUCAUAAAUGAUCAAGUUCGAAAUGAACGUCGUCAAUUAAAAUCUAUUGCUUAUGAUAUUCUGUUUGAUCCUGAAAUCUUGGCUGAUGCAUUGGCAGAAAAUAUGAUUGCAAUAACAGUACCACAUGAAUAUCUAGGAAUGCCGUUUAUAAAUCCUAAUCAGUCUUAUCCUGGUACUGAAACCGAUUGUUCAAAAACUUCUGGUCUACAACAUUUGCUCGAACAUUUUCAAGAAGCUAAAAAAAAUGUUCGCCAUGGUAAACAGCAUUUUGAUUCGAAAGCAAUUAGUUCUCAACCGAUGCAUGGAGUUAAAUACAUUUAUAGUCCGUUUUGUCAAUUUUAA